UCAUCAAGAUGUUUGUAUAAACAUCCACAGUGGGAAGGAUACUAAAAAAUCUGGAUGACCGAGACUAGAAAAACUUCGAAAACGCGAAAACGUGCAUCCUACGAAAGCUCCUUAAUGCACUGGUUAAUUUUAGUAUUUUCUUUUUAGGAACAACAUAACAAGAUAUCAGUUUAGACAAAGGAUAUGUGCGAUUUGAUUUUACCGCCUUCUCCACAGUGGUAUUGUAGUAAAGUUAUAGAUUUCAACAGAAAAGGCGUUUUGGUAUUCGGGGCUAGACAUGAUGUGUUUGUUUUGGAUGCAUCCAGUGUCCCUCCGAUCUACAAAGCGCAGUGUUGUCUUCACAAAGAGCGAAUUUCAUCAUUAGCUCUGAAUGAGAACAACAUUUGUUGCAGUGCCUCUGAAGAUGGUAAAGUGAAAGUGUGGAAUAUUGACAACACCAAGGAGGCUAUAGAAGAGCAUAGUCAACAUAGUAGUAAAAUUGGCUGUAUAGGUUGGUCCUGUGGGAAUUGUCCCAUAGUGGUUAGUGGAGACGACCGUGGUCUGAUUGUGUGCUGGCAGUUUCAAGAGAACAGGACAUUGUCUUACUGUCCAGAGUCUGCUGCCAUUGUCUGCCUUGUGUGUUCAGAUCUGAAUGAAACACAGGUGGCUGUAGGGUAUAAAACAGGCGUGAUUUUGAUCCUAGACAUCAGAGAAUGGAAGGAGGUGCAUGUAUCACAAAGGUUAAGAGGACAUGAUGAGGAUGUGUUGUCUUUGGCCUGGUGUCCAGUUCCAGGAGAAGAUUUCAAAACCUACAAAGAACUUGACAAUCCUGAUGAUCUGUCCCCUAAUGAUGAAGCAAAUACCACUCCUGAAUUUGGGUCCAAAGGUCAGCUGUUAGCCUCCAGCAGCCGGGACAAAACCAUGCGGAUCUGGAGCUCAGUCAGAGGACGGCAGCUGGCUAUGUUUAAAUACCCAAAACCAACUCAGUUUGUCCGGGAGGACAGAGCUAAGAUGUGGAGCACUUUGUUGUGGAAUCCAAACAAUGCAAAUCAUAUUUAUGUCAGCUCUUUUGGAGGAGAGAUUCUAAGGUGGAGGCUUGAUUUGGACAGUUUUCAAAAGCCAGUGUCCAUUAACUCUGGGAAGGUUCUCUAUCACACAAGACCAGUGUUUUGUAUGUGUGUUGGUGGAUCUGAUAAUUCUACAAUGUGCACUGUGUCUAUGGACAGACAGAUGAUAUUUUGGGAUUUGACCAGAUCGUUGCCUAUCUGUGCUGUGCCAACCUUGGGAGGGUUUGUAUAUGUUGCCAAGACAUCACCAAUUGAUCCAGGAAGAGUUGCUAUUGGUGUUGGUGACAGCAUGAUAAGACUAUGGAAUAUGAACAAUGCAAACAAUACAUUUGAUGUCACUCUUCUGUGGCAGGGCAUAAGGUCAAAGGUCACAGCACUCUGCUGGCAUCCAGUGAGAGAGGGCCACCUGUGCUUCGGGACAGAUGAUGGACGAGUUGGUGUGUUUGAUACCUUAUCUAACAAACCUCCCAGUAUAUCAUCACAUUAUCAUAGGAAAACUGUCUACAUUGUGGCAUGGGGGCCUUCUUGUUCAGAAACAGAAAAUGGAUGGACAUUUGUGAUAUACAGUGUGGGCGAUGGCAUUAUUCUGUCACAUGACCCAAAGAAAUUUCAGAAUGAAGCUCAAAAUAUUAAUUCAUUGAUUUUCAAGACUAAUGGGCCAAAGCCAAGAGUACCCAUUCGAAGUGAAAUAAGCUGGAACCCAGACUACUCCUUCGUAGCUAUUGGCAAUGAUGAUGGCUCUGUUGAAGUCUACAAACCUCCAUUGCUGAAGCUGAUAUGUGUUGUUCACAUCCAUCACAAACUAGUCAAUAGCAUUCAGUGGCACCCUACACACAAUAUAGACACCACCUCAGGUCAGAAGUUCUACAUUGCCACUGGUUCUAAUGAGGCCACCAUCCAAGUGGUGGACUUGUCUUCAGUGCUGGGGAAAGUUCUUGAGAUCGGUGAUGAAGCGGUGUUGAUUUCUGAGGCCAAAUACACACUAUUUGGACACAGUAACAGAAUUAUAGGACUUCAGUGGAGUCCACACGAUGACAACAGAUUGGUUUCCGUUUCAUUUGAUGGAACUGCGAGGGUCUGGGAGGUAAAUACAGGACAGACAAUUGCCAGUUACCAUGGCCACAGAGGUCGUCUUCUGUGUGUGCAAUGGAGUGGAUCUGAUCCUGAUGUAGUUUUUACGGGUGGAGAAGACUUCACAUUCCACAAGUGGAGAAUUUCGAAAAAUCCACAUUCAGUAGAAGAUGAUGUACUUAGGAAGAAAAAGACUAAAUCCAAGGGAAGGAAUAGACCUCCUAGAGAAGAUGACAAAACUACUCUUGUAGAGUCACAGCAAGCUAGUGAAAAAGAGGUCAAGGGGUCAAAAAAAGAUACUGAACAGGUCAAAGGGUCAGAGGAGGCUGAUGAUAGGGAGGUCAAAGGAUUUUCAGUAACCCUGGAUACAGUAACUCGAACCAGUUUAGAUGAAUUAAUACAGCGGAGGAAAGCUGAACUUGAAGACACAGAGUAUAAAUCCUCUGAAGGCAAUGAUGUUACUGUGGUAUCUGAAGAGGUACCCAAGGGGAAUUCUGAGCGGACAACACCCAUCAUACAACAGACUGAGGUGUUGGCAGACACUGCAUCAUCUGCUAAAACCAAAGAGAAUAAAGACUGUUUUACGAAAGAUGCAAAAAGGCGAAGAUUAUCCAAGCCAAAAUCUUUUUUUCCUUUGUGUGGUCGUCAUGAGAAUCGUGGGAAGGAAUUGGUAUUAGAUGACAUAGUUGUACUGACGCAAAAUAUUUAUGAGAAGUCAAAGGUUGAGAAAUUGUGGGAUAAUUCAGUGGAAUUUGAUGCAGAGGAGCAUAUAAGUCUUGGAUUUUACCUACCUGAGAGACGAAGUAUUCUGCAAUGCCUGACACGAGAAGGUCAGUACCACAAAGACCAUGACAACAUGGACUACUGUUACCAGUUGGAGAUUUGGAAAGGAAACAUUAAUGACGUACUCAGGCAGGCUCGAGAGAGGGAGGAACUCUCCGAUUGGCUGGUUGCCAUGGCACCAAUGGCUGCCUUUGAUACCUGGACUACAGUAUGUGAGGAUUACGCCACUCAACUAGAGCAGGAGGGACAAUACCACAAAGCUGCCACUUACCUAUUGGCGGCCCACAAGGUGUACAGUGCCAUCGACCUCUUUAAGCGACAUCGCCUAUUUAAAGAAGCCAUUGCUUUGGCCAAGGUUCGGCUUUCACCAAUUGACCCAGUCUUGGAAGACCUAUACACACUGUGGGCGCACCAGCUUACGAAAGAUGGAAAUUUUGAGCAAGCAGCCAAAUGCCAUCUUGCCAUGCAGCAGGUCCAGAAUGCAGCUGUCUUGUUGGCCCGGCGAUACAACUGCACUGCUAGCCUACACACUGCUGCUCGAAUUUCUAUGAUCGCAAAUGAAAAGCAAUCAGGGAUGGCCUAUGCCCACAAGUUGCUGCAGCAGUUUUUAUUGAAAUGGGAAUGGAGUCAAGCCUACACAUAUCUGAAAGACCAAAAUGCUUUUCAGGCAUUGAUUGCAGUAAGUGGAAUGCACGAACUAGUUGCUAAGGAGAUCCAAAAUCACCAUCCAGAAAUCCUACAUGUGGCAGAGGAUAGAUUCUCAAAAUGGCAGACUGACUCCAAACUUUUAUUGCCAGAUUUCAUCCUUGACAACAAAGAUAGAGACACAUUAUCACCCUGGAAACCCUGGCUAAUAGAUGGGUUGACCUUUCCUCAUCAUGUAUUAAGAAUAUUUUACAGCAAUUUAGGAAUCAUCAUGGAUACAGAGAGCUUAGAGGAGAUGUAUAAAUCUCUAAGCAUCCUACAGGCUGGUAAACAGAGUCAGGAGGAAAUCUUACAGUUGUUGAUCCAAAUCAGUGUAGACCUGGUGCUAUGUAUGCUGUCCUUCCUGAUGUCUGAGACACCAACUGCUAUUUCUCAUCUUAUCCACGCUAUCAGCAGUUUGCAGGAGGCUGGGCAUUAUGUUGUCAUGGAAACUAUUAUCCAAUUGUUUCUGCCACUAGGACCAAAGUACAUGCUAAAGUUACAGCAAGAAAUCACUGCCAUGAGAGUUAUAAUUAGCAUGGAGAACAAAAGUAGUUAUGAUGGAGCAGCAAAAGUGCAUACCAUAAAACGCUAUUUAACUGAGAUUAAGGAUGAGGAAUCUAUGUCAUGUGGAGGCUUGCGGUGUCGAGAGCUAGAUUGCCUCAGGGCAUACUAUUACUUGGCAAUUCUUAACUCUUUGAGUCAACAACAGGCAGGUGGCAGGAAUGAAGAGGCGGGGAAAGGUGAGCAGGUGACAACUGAGAAUGACAAUCCAACAAACUUAGAGGAGCCACAUUUUGAUUCUAGUCAGACUGUGAAACUUAAAAAUGAUGAGAAGAAACCUGAGACUGAUUGUACCUUACCAAUUAAGAUGUUAGAAAAUGUUGAGGAAGAAAUUUUGAGUGCAAAUGAAGUGGAGAAAUACAAGCCAAAUCUGACAUCCAAACAAGAAAACUGUCACAGUGAUAUGAAAGAAUCUUCUGUAACAGCUGCACAAAGUUGUUCUGUUUCAGACAAUGAAAUUAAAGAGAUCAACUCUACAGGGACAAACUUGACUACAAAUGGCCUUGUUGCAAAUGAAACUUGUACAAAUGGCAGCAUGAAGGAAGCUAGGGUGAAGACAGAGUCACAAAGUGGGGAAAUCAUGGAGCAACCAUUAGGAAGAAAAGCAGGUGAUUACCAGAGGCAGUGUAGCGACAGUGGCAGGACAGAUUUAUCUCAGUUGUCACUGUCUCAGCUUUGUCAUUUAUCCAGGGGUCUUCUGUGGGACAUACAAGGGAAAAGAUAUGCUUUAAUGGAAACUUUAGGUUACAUCCACAAAGCUAUAUCUCAACUUUUGCUGGCUCAGAAGCCCAAUUCUCUCUCCUCCAGCCAAACAGACAUUCACAGUGAGACAAAAGCCACUGGAGACUUUGGACAUGGAAAUGUGUCAUUAUUAGAAGAAGAGAGAGACAUUUUACUUGGGGGGUUUUCAAGGCAGCCUCAAAUCCAUAGUGCUUUAGUAAAACAGAGGCAUCAUAGUGAACCUUUUUGCCAACUUCCUGGAGUCUCAGAGGACACACCAUCUUAUUUUCAUCAGCAUCACAAGCCUCUUUACUCGAGAUCUUUUUCAUCAGAUUCUCAAUCUCUUGAUUCUGAUGCUAGAGAGCACUUGUGCUCCACUCAUAGUGCUCAUGAAUCAAACCCUGAGAACUCAUUUGACAUAAUUUGUGUAUCAUGUGAAAUGCUUAACAAAUCUCGCAAGGUAUUGUGGGAAGAUGAGCCCCAUCUUGGAGCAGAGCAUUCUGGGAAAGCAAACCUGACCAAUCUCAUCAAUCCUGCCAAAUAUAUCAAUGUGCCUGAUGAAUGGUACAACAUGUCAGCUGAUCAAAAAUACUCAAUGCCUUAUGUCACCAUGGCAAUUCUGAAGGAUGAACAGGAGUACAUGAUGCAUGAACUUAGGAGAGGACCAGAAAACCUACAGGUUCCAUUUCCCAAUCCAUUAGAUUCAGUGAAGCUUCUACUGAACAUCUGUCAGAGCCAGCUUGGACAGGGUGAUGCCAAUUGGUUUGCUGAGAGAGUGGUCGCAUGGGCGUUAAAAUUUUCCGUAUCUGCUCAGCAGAAAGAGAACUUGAUGGACCUGCUUCACAGAAUUCUGACUCGUUAACAAAAAUUACUGAAAAUCAUUAAUGUUUCUUCAUUGGUAAAUAUAUCUCAUCAGAGGUAUUUAUUUGAUAAUGGAAGACUAGUACAUGUACACAUACUUGAUUCUUUAUCAGAAAAGCAGUACAAAUUAAAAUACAUGUACAUUUCAAGUUCUUGUUAGAAAUUUUCCUGCUUUCAGUAUUGUAGGAAUCCUAAGUAUUGAAUGUGUAUCAGUUUACAUAUACCUUUGAUCAUGACAAAAUGUUAUUUAAAAAUAUUAAUGGUGUCCAUUUCAGGCACGGAGCAAGGUAGGAGGGGGGUUUGCCUCACUUUAAACAAUGCAUUUUUUUCUUUAUUUUUAUAUGCAAAGCCUGUUAUUUUUACUACAAAGCUUGGUGCACAAGGUACUUUUUCAUGGCAGUAGUAAAAGGUAGUGGAUUGAUUGAUUGUUUAACGUCCCUCUCGAGAAUAUUUCACUCAUAUGGAGAUGUCACCACUGCCGAUGAAGGGCUGCAAAAUCUAGGCCUAUGCUCGGCGCUUACGCCCAUUGAGCAGGGAGGAAUCUUUAUCGUGCCACACCUGCUGUGACACGGGGCCUCGGUUUUUGCGGUCUCAUCCGAAGGACUGUCCUAUUUAGUAGCCUCUUACGACAAGCAAGGGGUACUGAGGAGCUAUUCUAACCCGGAUCUCCACGGGACAAAAGGUAGUGGCAGUGUAAGGCAUAAUACUGUACCAGUGAAUUGAAUCCAUGUGCUAGAGGACAUCCUCUGAACUUUAGUUUUUUAGUUGAAUUAAACAUGGUUUCUUUGGAUUCAAGAAUUUUUAGAUAGACGUAAACUGAACCUCUUAGAAUGGGGCACUCCACCCUUGAUUCUUUGUAAAUUUCAGGUGCACAAAUUCCUCGUGAUAUGACAAUAAACAGUUUUGAACUAUAAUUCUAAAAGAUUAUGGUUGAUACUGUUCCUUUUGCAUUUUUUGUUAUACUUACAUUACAAUUUUUGCUUACCGGUACACCAGUUGACAAAGAGAAAAUCAAAGGCCUGAAGGGCUUGAGAGUCAACUCGCUCUUCAUUUGCUAUUCGAAUAUUCAAUAAAAAUCAACCUAC